UAGGUGUCACGGCUCACGGCGAUGUGGUGGUGUCUGUUUACCACAUGAGAUCAACCAUCGGGGGACGGUUGCAGGCUAAAAUGACCAAUACCCAAAUAUUCCAGAUCCAGUUCCACACAGGGUUUGUACCCCUGGGCACAACGGUGUUGAAAUUCACUAAGCCUGAGUUGGAUGCAUGUGACUCUCCAGAAAAAUACCCACAGCUGUUCCAUGUUAUUUUGGAGAUUGAAAUUGAACCUAAUGACAGGCAGACAGAUUUAACUCCUCCCUGGGAAAAUUUCUCCACAAAAGACAUCAGUCCCAGCAUCCUCUUCUCUUCUCAUCAGGAGCAGCAGGACACUCUGGCCUCAGCAGGUAGAGCUUCAGCAGAUGUUCCUCCAGACCACCCAAGGCAUGCGGGUCAGGGUGCUUUCUUUUCAUCUCUUAACUGGCAAG